AGUAAGAAAAGUCACUGCGUAUCAGACAAAAAUGCGAUAAAAAGUUAAUUUUCUGCUGUAAUUCCGUUCGUCACGUUACAAAAACAUCACCAACGACUUUUUAGCCUCAAAAAUAACCAAAAAAAUCACAAAAAAUGGGACAAACAGGCUCAAAUUUCCUCGCAGACGUCCCGGGAAUCUUGCCAGACAAAUUAGGUACCAUAAAUACAGAAAUCCGCAGCAAGUCAAAGUUGCUCCAAGAACUGAAUCAACUCACUUACGAAGAUUUUCAAAAGUACAUUGACGAAAUUAACGAUUUGUCACGUUCCUGCAUGUUCAUCGACGGCAAACAACUAGUUUUCACGAUCAAAAAAGGCACCGAAACGUCGUUCCUGUGGAAGGCCACGGUCCGCAUUGCCUGCAUAAAAUUCAAUCCCGCCACAAAACGCAUCGAAUCUUGCACGAUCCUAAAUUUGCGACAAUUCAUUCAGCUUUUCAAGACGUUCCAGGCGCAUCUCGAGACAAUGAUUACGUCGGAGAAGCAGCAACUGAGUCACUCGUUCCACCAAAAUCUGCUCGAGAACGCGUGCAGCACAAGCAUGAAUAGCAUAAGUGAGUUUGAUGGGUCCGUGGCGGAGGAAUGUUGCAUCUGUCUCGAUCGGAAACCGGAUUUAAUUUUGCCGUGUUUGCAUCUCUUUUGUCAAGUUUGCAUCACGCAGUGGAACAUGAACAGCAAAACGUGUCCCGUGUGCCAGGAAAAGCUCGAAAGUGCCGAAGAUGGGUGGGUUAUUUCGGAAAUACCGGAGGCGGGAGAAAUUUCCAAGGAAAUUAGGGAUUCGUUGCAGUAUAUUAGUGAUGGGAACGUGUAACUUCCUACUUUUCGACUCUCUUAAAUGUGUCGUGUUCCGUUAAAUUGAAUUAUAUUUAUUGUUAUAACGAAUGUUUUCCAUAAGACUUUAUUAAAAAAAAAUAAU